ACACUCCUUGUUUGAGCAAAAUGGCGUCUGCCGCAGAAGACGAUGAUGCUUGGUUGUACGGUGAUAACGACAAAACGGACGCUGGUGCAUCGAAUGAAAGAAGCAGUGAUUCGAAGUUACAGGUGGAUGAGUCAGCACUUUUGCAAAAUAAAGAUGAAUCGCAACAGGAUGACAGAGAAGCCGGAGAGCUUAGCUGCGAGGACGAGCAGGGCCAGCAGUCUGAGGGUCCAGCCACAGACCCCGUGGAGGUCGACGGGGAAGCAAAAGGCCCAAGUUCUGAGGCUGACAAGAAUGGCGAUGCUGGAGAUGGAGCAGAUGAGGACGAGGAUGACGACGAUGAUGACGACGACGAUGUUCAGGUGACGAUAAGAGACAUCAAGGCCCCCCCUUACAGCACCUACCCGGGACCAACCCAGACAGUGAACCUGAACAUCAAGCGGGGGCCCCCGUUCACCAGCAACCUGGGUCCUGGCUCGGGGGUUCCGGGGGUAGGCAAAACCAAGGGCCUUGACGUAGAUGAAGUGGCGCUCAUCAAUGGGACAUCCAUUUACGAGUUCAACAUAGAGUCCCUAGAGGACAAACCGUGGCGCAAGCCAGGUGCUGAUAUCACUGACUACUUCAACUACGGCUUCAAUGAAGAUACAUGGAAGAUCUAUUGCGACCGGCAGCGUAAGCUUCGAUCAGACAACAAUGUGCCUAUCAAGGAAUGGCGGACGGGGAGGAACGAAGUGCCCCAAGCACAUGUGUUUUUGGGCGAUGCCCCACUGGCCUGGCAGCAGCAGAGGCAGCAGCAGCAAGGGCCCCUUCCUCCUGAACCUCUGCUGCCGCAGGUGCCCAUCCCACCGGUAAACGAGAACAGCAAGUACACAGGCGUGGGCAUAGGCGUCCCCCCACCCCUGCUGGGCUCCAAGAAGGCGGGCCCCCCACCGGGGCGCAAGAUGUCCGGCAGCAUCGACGUCAUUGGCGGCGGCGCCCCGUCCUUGCCAAGCCGGCGACCGGGCGCCGCCAAGGAAGGGGUCAUUCAGGUGAUUGGCGCCGGGGAGCAGCCGAUGGGCGGCAUCACCCUGCCGCCGACGCACAUGCCGCCGCCGGGCUACAUGGGCAUGGGCCUAGACGGGCUCAGCGUGCCCCCGCCCAUCCCUGGCAUGAUCCCAGGCGUACCGCCACCAGGCUACGAGACGGGUGCUUUCCCACCUCCGCGGUUCACACACCCACCGCCGCCGCUGCCGGGAAGCGCCGGCGGAGGCGGCCCCGGUGGAGAUCGCAGCUCAUCGUAUGGAGAAGAUGGCCGAUCGUCCUACUACAACGGUGCCAGCGGGUAUGGCCAUCGUACGGGGACGACGGUGGAGGCAGUGGUGGUGGCGGCUCUUGGUCGGGCCGGGAACGCAGUGAGCGCGGCCAUGGCAGCGAGCGUGGAGACCGUAGCGAGCGGGGAGCGCGAACGGGACCGCGAGCGGCCCUCGUCGCGCCGGGAAUACGAUGAUGAGGAGCGGCGUGAGUCACGACGCUACCGCGAGUACUACCGCGAGAGGGAGCGAGAACGCGACAGGGACCGGGAGCGGGACCGGAGAGAACGAGGAGGAGGCGCUGAGGACGAGUACGAGGAGACAUCGUCGUCGUCACGCUACGAGCGGCGGCACCGCGAGCACCGCGGUGACAAGGAGGAGCGAGAGAGGCAUCGGUCAGAGAGGCGCCGCCGCCACCACCGGGGUGGGGACGAUGAAGAGGAGGAAGAGCGGCGCUCGUCCAAGCAUAAGCACAAGCGAUCCAAGAAGGAGCGCCCACCUGUCGAAGAGGCUGAGGCGCCUUCUGGCGAGGCUGGGGGCGCGCCUGAGGCAGCCGGCGAUGAGUCGAAGGCCGACUGACAUCCUGCGCCGGACGGUGAAAGUGUACAGUUUUGGCUGAAUAGUGUCUGGGAGCAGCAGGUGAAACAUUCAGACAUGCUUGGAGGAGACCAUGUCCAGAGAUGCUGGAGAGUCUUGCAGUACAGCAGUCUGCUUAAAAUGCAGUAGAAGCACUGUGCCUAGCACGAAGUAACGAAGACGAGGCAUGGGUGCCAGUGAUGUGUUAGUGUGCGAUUUGCUUCCACAGCUGUUACUGCCCUACCUGGUUGCCAGCUUCACAUGUGCUUGCUCUAGGAAACUUGCAUGAAAUGUUGUGGCUGCUACGGAGUCUCAUUCACAGCUUCUUCAGCACUGCCAGGAAUAAGUUUGAAAUAAGUUAAUCAGAUUAAGGCCCUAAUGGCAGGCUCAUUGGAUCGUCAAAUUGGUUGCAGCUGCUAUGUUUUAUGCGAGCUCCCUUUACCUUGAUGCAUACAUGCACUGUUAGCAUUUGCUAGGGACAGCAUCAGCAAUGGUGGUGGAACUAUAAGACAUCGAAGAGGGAUAAUAGUAGCCUAUGCUAAGACAUAUUUGCAGGCGUAUAUUUUUCCUACCUCUGGCUUUGCAUUGGUCAUCAAAUUCGUUUCACUAUGUACGGAGCUGACAGCUGUAUUCUGGAAGGUCAUUGCAGUGUCUCUGGCUGUGUCAGGCUUGUCAAGAACUUGGAUGUGGUUGCAUGUCUUUGAGGUGCUCACCACUCAAUGUGUACAGUGCCUGCUGUUUGAUUAGUUUUGGUUAAGCAUUAAAAUGAACCACAUUGUUCACUUAAUUGAAGAAUUCCAUGAAACUUUCACUGCAUUUCUAAAAAUUCCUGUUUAGUAAUUAUUUCCUUUCCUUUCUUUAAUUUUGGCUUAGCAUGCCAGGAAUUCAUGUUUACCUGCAGACGUUCUUCAACUCCUGUGCUAUGCAGCCCAGAUGAUGUCUGCCAGAAGCCCCUUGUGCCAUUGCACAUUUUUUCUUAUGGUAUUCAUGGUGAUAACUUUGAAAAGCAGCCUUUGGUAUUUUUUGUUUAUUGAACUUCAUGGGAAAUAUUAACAGCUUGUUUAAGUGUAUGCUUGAAGUGCUUGCUAUCAAGUUAAUGUCCUAGGUACCAAAAUUUUUUCUGCAUUAUGUCUUGAUUUCAAUUUUCAAAAAAAGAAAAAAUCUUUUGUGCUUAAUUAGUUUGAGUUGUAACCAUAGAAAUUUGUGCAUAGCUACCUUGUGCACACAAGGAUGUUGAACAAAAGUCCAGAUUUCUGCACAAGCUAGAAAUUAGUUUUGCCAUGCAUAUGCAUAUGAAAGCUUCAUGACGAUUCUGUGGAGUGACUGAUAUACUUCUGUUUCUGUCUCUUUUGGCACUUCUGUUGUACAGGUCGCACAUUUUAGCAUUGUUAUUGGCCCUCACGCACAUGUCCAGUACGAAGGUCAAACUGUGUUUCCAUGUUUAUUCACGUGGCAGUAAUUGGCUUUCAGUACCUUUUAGUGGGGCAGUUGUGCUCGCACACAUCUAGGCUGUGUGUGAGCUGCCGCCAAUUUUGCCUACAGGAAUAGCAUUAAUGUCAAGUUGAAAGCCAAGCCAUAGUUCGCUGUCAUUUUCACACAAGCUUUCCAAAGUGUGUCACGUAUGUCAUUGUACUGUACAAUUCGAAUGGUUUCAUGCACUGGAAAAAAGAAAACUCAUCUUUUUAAAAAUUAUAUUUCUGGGCGUACAUCAGCCAUGCAUGUUCAAAAUAAUAGGUGUGUUAGUCAGUUUUGAAAAAAGCAUACGUUAACGCCUGUUGGCAGUUCAGUGCGUCAGGUUGCUCAUGCCCAUGCCUCUCCAUGCCCAUCUGUGCUGAUAAGAGUGUCAUCAGUGUUUAGCCAAUUUGCAGAGUUCUUUGCCAUUGGCUUCCCAUACCGGCCUCACAUGUCACAUUUCAUCAAUCACCCAACUGUUAAUUUCAGACUCAUUCCCUGCUGAGCUUGUUUUCCUUGAGGUGAGAAAAUAAACUUAUUAUGAUUAUGUGA